AUGGUGAAUAUCAUUAAUAAUAUUGUGUUUAGUGGAAAUACUAAUAAAAAUAUAGUAUGGAAACAGUAUUUGGUGUCAUUUUUCGCCAGCCUUCCUUUCUUUACAUAUGGAAUAGAAAAUGAUUUUCUUACCGCACCUUCAAACUUAGGACAAGUUAUUAGCACUUUAAAUGUACCAUGGAGUACAGUAGCUUUUAUCGUCAGUUCAAUAGUCACAGCUCCGAUACACUGUUUUAUAAUAAGCAAAUUUGGAAGAAAACUUGGCAUCUAUAUAGUAGUGAUACUACAAGGGGUCAUAUGCAUACCGUUACUGAUUUCUUCGACAGACACAGGAAUAAUAAUAGUUCAAGCUACAAUUGCGGGGAUUUCAACCGGGGGAUUGUUCAUUAUAGUACCAAUAUAUAUAAGGGAGAUAAGUGCAGACCGAAUCAGGGGGCUGACAAUAUCACUCAUGAUGCUAAUGACCUCUGCAGGCAAUGCAAUGAAACUGAUACUGUCAUAUGAUUCAAUGCUAUAUUUGAUGGUUGCAUUAGUUGCCAUUGAAGUUGUGACAGUGUUCUACAUUCCAGAAAGUCCAAGUUUUUUUGUGAAGACUGACAAGUUACAUGAAGCCAAAAUCAGUGUAGCAAAGCUUCAUUGUUUAAAUCAAGACGAUCCUUCUGUAGCGAAUGAAAUCCACCAACUCAAAGAGGACAGUGAAAGGGCUAAAUCAAAUGGAAAUUUGUCUAUUUGUGUGAUUCUAAGGAAUAAAAUGUGGAGGGAUCAAAUAAAGAUUGGAUUAUUCUUAAACACAACAACAAUUCUAAGUGGGUGUAAUAUAUUUCUAAAUCAAGAUAAAAGCUUGGCGCAAUUGAAAACUGAUAUUGAUCCUCAAAAAACAUUAGUCCCUUUAUGUUUGUUGGUUGGUGGCCUAACAUGUGUUAUAUUUGUAAUUUUUUUGGAAAGAAGAUAUCUGAUUACCAUCUCAUAUAGCAUCAUGAUUUUAUCAAUGGGCGUCUUGGCAGUUUUUACACAAGCAGAUCUCACCGUGACAUCUGUCAGAUGGUUGCCAAUCGUGGCGCUGGCUAUUCUAGUCUUCAGUUAUGGCAUGGUCUGGAAUAUGCCUGCAGUUGUCCUGGUUGAAAUGCUUAACUUAGAGAUACGAGUAAUGCUUAUAGGGAUCGUCUUCGUAUAUUCUCAAAUUAUAAAGCUAGCACACACCCUAACGUUCCAAUAUCUGGAGGAUUACGUUGGAAUCUACACGCUACUUUACUUGUUUGCUUGCAUCAAUAUAUUCGGCGCUAUAUACGCGAUAUCUAUGCUUCCUGAUAUUAAAAACAAGAGUGUCAAGCAAAUUGAAAAACAGAUGCGAAAGAGGUUUUCAUUGAUGACCGAGGAUAAUAAAGCAAAAUGGAAAUGUGACCAAUGCUUCUUAAAUGCGCAAAACAAUUUGUCAGUAAAUGUUCCUACAAAUAACUCGUUCGAGAUCUUAACUGACGAUGAAAACUCGGAUAUAAUGACCAUAUUAACGCAAAAUAGCAAAACUAAUAGCUGCCCAGAUUUGAGAAAGUUAAACAUGGAAGAUAGAAUAGAAAAUCUUGAGACACAAAAUCGAGAACUAAAAGAAAAACUACAAAUUGCUGAAGCUGAAAUAGAAAAUAUUUUAUUAGAAAAUACAAAAUUAAAACAAUUACUUUGCAAACAUGAAAUAAAAACAAAAUUUUUAGCAGAUAUAUGUAGCCCAACCUUAAAAAAAACUACCACGACCAGAAAAACCAGAAAGAGUAUAAACAAAACAGUCUUGGAUUUUCUGGAAGAUGAAAAGGAGGAAUGUAGCUCUAAUAAUUUACAACAAAUUAGUAGCACGCCAUCUAGGACUAAAGAAAAAAGUCAUCGAGGAAGCGCCGGCGAUCUAAGCACCCCGAGUCAUCAAAUCCAUAAUAGUUCUCCAGCCUCGUCGCUAGAUGACUCUGCUAAUCAAAAAAAGAUGAGGAAGCCUAUUAUCCAUAUAAUCGGUGAUCAACAGGCUAGAGGCUUGGCAGCGAAAUUAAAAUUAUCUCGUUCUGGAUUACAUAAUGAUUGCUACACUGUCUCUGGUAUGGUAAAACCAUUCGCAUCGAGCUCAGAAGUACUAAGAAGCUGCACCUAUUUACAAGAUUCUUUAAACAAUAAUGACAUACUGAUAUUAUCUGCAGAUCUCGCUAAAGAAGAAAUGUAUGGACAAUUGAGUGAUCACACCAUGGUUACUGAUAUGGAACUAUUUCCCUACGUGGUUGCGGUACUCAAAAUGACAAAUUAUUUAAGUGCUGGUGCUAUGAUCAGUGAAAAUUGGGUUUUAACGGCGGCUGACGCACUGUUUUUAGUACGAGAAUCUAUCAGAAUACUACGAGUUCGUCUUGGCAGUAUAAAUUACAAAAAAGGCGGUCAACUCUACCCGAUAAAGUACUUCCGGAUCCAUCCGUAUUUUGACGAUAAAAAGCCAGAAUAUGAUUUAGCUCUUCUAAAACUAUCCGAACCUGUUCGAUGGACGUCUUCUAUACACCCCAUAAGAUUACUUAGAAAACCGAAGGAAAUAACUGUUACGCAUUUUAUAGUAACAGCUUGGCCACCUCAUUAUACGAACCAAUUUUCAAGACGCAAGACUUUCCACGACUCGUUGGAUUUUAUCAAACGUAGCAGGAUACUGUCUGUACAACAGAUGCAUCCCAUGGAGGAGGACGAGUGUCACAGUUAUCAAGAUAAAUCGGGCGUUUUAGAGACUGGCACGUUACUAUGCUUGGAUCCUACUCUGGGGUCUGAUCCAUGUAAGAGAGAUGCUGGCGCACCUGUAGUUCUGAAUGGUGUUCUUUGGGGUAUUGUAUCUUCUUGGAGACCAGAAGAUUGCGAAGAAGAUGCUAGACCAAGUUUUGUGAACCUUAUCGCCUCACCUAAUAUCAGUUCGUGGAUCAAUGCCGUCAUGCAAGACGUGCAAUGGAAGCUGGAACAAAUUGAAGAUGAAAGUGCCGAUAAUUACAUUUAA